AUGCCGCUGAUCUCCAGCGUGCGACUGUCGCGGAUGAGCAGUAUACUGCCGCAUCAUCGUCUGGUGUGGUCUCUACGGCGACCGACCAGUCUAUUCUCCGCCACCCUUCCACAGUAUACCCACGCAGCAUCUUCCUCCCGCAUUACAUCUGACCUCUUUGAAUCGUCUGGCGGAGCACCCUUGGAUGUCAUGCAAGUCGACCAGGGAGAACGCGAACCGAUCUCACCGUAUGCUGGCGCUGCACGGCUGGAUUAUGCGGGGCCUCACUUCGAUGCUCCAACGCUGGCGGAUCGGAUUCGCGACACGACAAUACAAGCCAUCCGCGACUACUUGAAGGAUCCAAAUUUUGCUGCCCCGUAUCAGGCUGGGAACGAAGAGGCUAGAUCUUCCUGGUAUUUGGAGGCAAGUACAGACGUUACUUCAACUCAUAGACGAAUCCCUUGUGAUGGCGGCCGCACUCCGUUGUGUCGAAUUUCAUCCCUUACUAUCGACUGGAGCCGACGUCUCGGAACCCCUGCGUCGUAUUGA